GGGGCGGGGCUGAGAGGGCGCGGAUUCGGGGAGGUUGCUGGCGCGAAGGCGAUAAAGCAGCAGCGUCCGGCCCGGGCUCGGAGGCCUAGUCGGUGCCCCUCCCCCCCCGCCCGCCCCGCCAUGCCGAACCGCAGGGGCGCGCGCAACGCCUAUUACUUCUUCGUGCGCGAGAAGCUGCCCGAGCUGCAGCGGCGCGGCCUGCGCGUGGCCCGCGUGCCCGACGCCAUCCCGCUCUGCUCGCGGGACUGGGCGUUGCUGACUGAGGAUGAAAAGGAGAAAUAUGCAGAGAUGGCUCGUAAAUGGAGAGCGGAGAACUCCACCCAGGCAUCACUGAAACAGCCUCCCAGUCAGAUUUCUCCAGUUCCUGCACCACUGCCCAUGCAGAUACAGAGAUGCACUUCUCUUCCAGAUGCCAUCAGUCUUUCUUGGAAGAACGAUCAGGCUGUGCUUGGGAACAUCUUCAACUUCCUGAACAUUUACAGUCAUGGAGAGCUGCCCUCUCCCUGUCAGCAGCGCUUCCUCCCUUGUGAGAUUGGCUGUGUCAAAUACUCAUUACAGGAUGGCAUAACAGCAGACUUCCACCGCUUUGUAGAUCCCGGAGAGGUGCCACGUGGCUUUCGGUUUCAUUGUCAAGCAGCAAGCGAUGCCACUCACAAGAUCCCCAUCUCUGGUUUUGAGCUCUCGAAUGCUGGUCACCCUGUUGUGUUACGUGAACUUUACUCAUUUGUUCGGCCAAACCGUGGCAGGUGGCCACCUGUGUACUGCAAGUCUGAUGACUGGUACAGAGUCAACUGGUGUCUGAAAUGGAUGGCUAAGGAAGCAGGCACUGAGAACCAGCUGGAGCUUUUCAGUGUGGAAAACCUGGUGGUGGAACUGUACCAGCGGAAACUUCGAAAGGAGCCUUCCAAGACCUGGGUGCGCAACCUGCUGGAUGUCUUCGUGUGGGAUUACUCCAGUAACACUAGGUGCAAGUGGCAUGAAGAGAAUGACAUCCUGUUCUGCGCUUUAGCAUCCUGCAAGAAAACCGCUUAUUGCAUCAGUAACACUCUGGCAAGCGUGUAUGGAGUCUCGCUCACAACAGCUCACCUACCUCUGCAAGACCAUGAUUCCAGCAACAAUAUAAAUCCCACGGUGGUGGUACUGGAUGCUGGACGUUUCCAGAAGCUGAAGGCUCAGAAUCCCGGUUGUAAUCGAUACUUCAGUUCUCCAGUUGAGAAACAAGGUGCUGCCUCUUCUGCUGGUGAACAUCCCUCUGGAGUGAUGUCAUCAUGUAGAACAAGCACGCGAGGAAGAGGAAUCACUCGCUUGCUGGAGAGUGUCUCCAGACUUUCCAAGUCCUCCAGCAACUGAAAGCCUACCUGCCCUCCUAACCUUACCAGGAGAACUGCACUUCCUUAGCCCCAUUGUAGUCUGGGACUUUACCAGAUUGCAGUUGCUUUGUCUGUCCCUGUAUGCAAAACCCUAAAAUACAUUCCCCUUCCCUUGACCCAGUGUAACAGUUCCCUUAGAGUGAUGACAAACCUGUUGACUGGAGGGGAAUUUUCUUUCAAUUAGAAGGAAAUCCUGGUUUUAUCUAUAGAAGUACUUAUUUUGAAGGGAACUGGGAACUUCUUGCUCUCUUGACUAAAUGCAGACUUUGGGCUUUUCUUUUGUUAGCUCAUGGGAGGAGAAGUGCAAGAAAGAGAAGCUGGUGGUCAGUAACUGCAUGUUAAACGUUCUUUUGGUGGUUAAUAUAGCAUUAAACAUGUUGUUUGAAUGGUUUAGUUCUUUAAUUUCCCUAUCACUGUGGUGUCUUCCCCACCUCCAUUUCUGUUAGAUGUUGGAAGACAGUUGUCUCCGCAUAUAGCCAUGUAAAAUAACACGUGUCUGGGAGGCAUUCUAGUGCUGAAAGACUGGGUGGUGGGAGUGUCUCAAAGGGGUACUGCCAUAAAUUUUUCAUGAGUGGAGGAUUGUAUUAAAUAGUUGAGUUGGGGAAGUAAAUAGACUAAAGUACUUGUUGGUAGAAAAUUUUCCUUUUGUCUUAUACUUACUGUGAAAAUAUGGUAGGAGUCUUGUCCAGCUGUUCAUGUUCUGUUGGGCAUUGACAAUAUACUAGGGUGACAGGGGUCUUGGCUUUUCUUUGUAGCUGUGCUGGCGUUACAAACUGUCAUCAGCUCCUCAAAUCUUGAGGUUCAUAACAAUAUAGUAUAACCUCUCUUUUUCAAAGGAAUCCCAAAACCAUUAGUCUGUUGUACAUGUCUGCAGGCACAAUUUCAGACACCUAGCAGGGCUGGAGUGACUGCUGACUAUUAGUGUUUUGGAGUACCUGUAAGAAUGAAAGUAAAUAUGGAAACUGGGACACUUUAUCACAUUUUAUUAGAGAAUUGGAUACCUCUGGGGAAAGAGAUGUCUUAACAGUUUCCUGAAAAGUUGUCUGUCUUCUGUAAAUUAUUUUUUUAUCUUACAUUUUGAGACAGUUGCCUGUAGAAAUAAACAAAAGCUCUUUUUUUCCCCUUUAAGUUCCUCUGAGCUGCUUCACAGUUUACUCCAACUGAAGUUGCCGUUAUAUGCUAAUUCCACAACAAUUGAUGGUGAUGUUACAAAAUGGAUUGUGUCCCUGGUAGGAAGCAAAAUGCAGAUGAGUUAGCUCAUUCCAUCGGGCACUUAAGAAAUCUUUAAUGUGCUUACCCUUAUAAUUAUAAGGAGCUCAGAUACCACGGUAAUAAGUUAGGGAUAAGUGCCUGGAUAGGUAUUGUUUCAUCUGGAAAUUAGCUUCAGUUGUACGGCGGCUAUCAAGUGAACUGCCUUGUUGGCCAGGGCUGGCUUUAAGCCGAUUCCCCGGAAUUGGGCCCCAUGUCGAAGAGGGGCCUGUGCCUAAGGAGGCCCCACUCCGGGGGUCUUCGGCGGCAGGGGGUCCUUUGGUGCCAUGGAAAACCCAAAGCAGACACCCCCCCCGCCGAAGUGCUGCCAAAGCCUCGGACCGCUGCCGAGUAUUCCAGUUGGGCCCCACGGGUCAUAAAGCCGGCCCUGCUGAUACCUCCUACCUGGCAGACCAGCCUAUAUGCCCGUGAAGCUUCCUUGGAUGAUUCCAAAGUCCCAUGACUGCUUCCAUAGAGGCCACCCAUCCACUUGACAAGUCUCCCGGUUUCCAGUAUUAGUGAUGAACUUUCACCAGGCAGGAGAUCAGAAAGCCUUUGAAACUGAGUUUUUUGGCAGUGAAAUAUCUGGAAAUAUUUGAUGUGAUCAUUGUGAAGAAGAAACAAGACACCAGUCAUCUUUGGGUGACACUAAAGGUUUGUCUCUAUUCAGAAAAUGUGAAGUGGUGAUUACAUCAUUGUAGUUACACCGGCCCAGAUGGUUUUUUUAAUGAAGACAAACCUUUAGGCUAAGAUCAUACUUAUGAUCACCACUGCUCCUCCCCUUCUCUCUCAAUUCACUCAAAAAUUUUGAUAAUUAUUUGGCUAUUUUGAGAAUUGAAAGUUGUAAUAAAAAUGUGUUUUGGUUUUGAUUAUGUUGCUCAUGCACAAGACAGUGUAUUUAUUUAAAAAAAAUAGACUUUCUUGGUUCAUAGUGUCUGUGAUAAUAAGCCCACAAAUUAAAGCAAUGAGUAACACUAAUGUGCUUAUUGGCGUGACAUCUAGAUGCUGUGACAGCUGAAAUGUGGCUGCCCAAAAAGACAAAAAUUCAGAGUUAUGAUUCUCACCAGUCUGCUUCUCUGCAUCUUUGUGUUACAAUAGUAUGCAAAUUAUACAAGAUAUAUUUAUACACCAUAGGUAGUGGACUGUAAACUCAAGACAGUGACUGUUCUAUUGUGUCCAGCAAAAUGAGCUGCUACUGUAAUACAAAUAUUAAAAUGCAUGUCUUAAAGAGUGUUUUACACUUAAGUUGGAUAUAGUACACUUUGCCUUACUAGUGUACAUGUGUUGUGUAAAGGAGGAUCCUGUUAAUAGAUGUGAGAGCAUGUAGUGAAUGGUCCCAUUGCAUCUGGCGCUUGAAAUUUCAGCUUUUCAAAUUCAACUUUUGCAUUUAUGUGACAGGAGAAGGUAGUUGUGUCAACUAAACCACAGUCAUUAUGCUCUUUAUUUAAAAAAACUAUGCUGAAGGUCACCAUUACAUAUAGUCUGCUAAUGCACAGACUAUUGUAAGCAGCAGCAGGUCCAUGUGAACUUUCAGUCAUCUUGCCGUGGAAAUUAUACUGGGGAAAUAAAGAACAAGGCAAGGGGAAUAUAACAUUUGGGAAAAGUUUGAGUGAUAAAACCUGACUUUAAAUGUUGUUCUUCACCAUGUGUAAAGUACAUGCUUAAUAUUGUGUGGGCGUGUGGAUGUUCAGCCUCUCUACAAAUUAAACUGUCUUUAAGUGUCUACCCUCCAAAAGCCACCUUUAAUUAACUACUUUAGUCAGACCUGACUCAUUGCCCUCCUGCUAAUGUGGGUUGUCACUUGGCUCAGUCCAGUGACACUGAUGGGAAAAAAUCACCCUCUUUUAAGCUAAGUCUGUAUCAAAGAAUUCACUCUACCAGAAUAAGUUGCUUAGUCAAGUAUGACAUUGCCCUUUGCUUGCCCAUACAGCAGUAUUGGCCAGAGAAACUACUACUGUCUGAGGGUUAUGAAAAUGGAGUGAAGUAAGACAAGCUGGUGCUUAGUUAAAGAGUAUUUAUAGUGGUUGAUAUGAUGGGCACUUA